AUGUUCGGCACAUCGACCGGUCCCCAGACCGGCAUCAACACCCCUCGGUCCUCUCAAUCCCUCCGCCCUCUCAUCCUCUCGCAUGGCUCCCUCGAGUUCUCUUUCCUCGUCCCUACCUCGCUUCACUUCCAUGCAUCGCAGUUGAAAGACAGCUUCACCGCUUCUUUACCCGAGCCCACAGACGAAUUGGCCCAAGAUGAUGAGCCAUCAUCAGUGACCGAAUUGGUCGCCCGCUACAUUGGCCAUGUGGCUCACGAGCUCGACGAGGAAGACGAUGCACAGGGCAACUUCUUGGAUGUCCUCAAGCUCGUGAUGAAUGAAUUCGAGCGUGCCUUCAUGCGCGGCAAUGACGUUCACGCCGUGGCAGCUGCGCUCCCCGGCAUCGUUGCUAAGAAGAACCAAGUCGUUGAGGCCUACUAUGCUGGGCGAGCUGCGGCGGGCCGGCCCACCAAGCCCUACGACUCGGCCUUGUUCCGUGCGGCGUCCGACAAGGCUGCCGGUAUCUACUCUGUGUUCGGUGGUCAGGGUAAUAUCGAGGAGUACUUUGAUGAAUUGCGCAAUAUCUACACCACUUACCCUUCUUUCGUCGAAGAACUCAUCACUUCCUCCGCCGAGCUCCUUCAAUCGCUCUCCAACGAGCCCGAGGCUAGCAAGCUCUACCCUAAGGGCUUGGAUAUCAUGCAAUGGCUUCAAGAUCGGGACACCCAACCUGAUGUCGAUUACCUGGUUUCCGCUCCCGUCAGUCUGCCACUGAUUGGAUUGGUCCAGCUGGCUCACUAUACCGUCACCUGCAAGGUCUUGGGUCGCAAGCCGGGUGAUAUCUUGGAGCGAUUCCUUGGUGCCACAGGUCACUCUCAGGGAGUUGUAACAGCCGCCGCUAUUGCAACCGCCACAAGCUGGGAAUCCUUCGCUACCGCCGCCCAGAAUGCGUUGACCAUGCUGUUCUGGAUUGGUCUUCGCAGCCAGCAGGCCUACCCUCGCACGUCGAUCGCUCCUUCCGUCCUUCAGGAUUCGAUUGAGAAUGGAGAGGGAACCCCUACCCCCAUGCUGUCUAUCCGCGACCUCUCUCUCGCCGCCGUUCAGGAGCACAUCGAUGCCACCAACCAACAUCUGCCUGAGGACCGCCACAUCUCCGUCUCGCUGGUGAACAGUGCUCGCAACUUCGUGGUGACUGGUCCCCCCAUUUCGCUAUACGGUCUUAACGUGCGCUUGCGCAAGGUCAAGGCUCCCACCGGACUCGACCAGAACCGUGUGCCAUUCACCCAGCGCAAGGUCCGGUUCGUCAACCGUUUCCUCCCCAUCACUGCUCCUUUCCACAGCCAGUAUCUUGUGUCUGCCUACGAUCGCAUUCUCGAGGAUCUGGAGGAUGUUGAGAUCCCUGCCAAGUCGCUGGAGAUUCCUGUUUACCACACCAAGACUGGAGAGGAUCUGCGACUGCUAGGUGACAAGAACAUUGUCCCCUCGUUGGUUCGUAUGAUCACCCACGAUGCGGUCAACUGGGAGCAAGCCACUGUCUUCCCUGGUGCCACUCACAUUCUUGAUUUCGGCCCCGGUGGCAUCUCCGGUCUGGGCGUUCUGACCAACCGGAACAAGGACGGCACCGGUGUCCGAGUCAUUCUUGCUGGUGAGAUGGACGGUACUAACGCCGAGGUUGGCUACAAGCCAGAGCUGUUCGACCGUGAUGAGGAUUCGGUCAAGUUCGCCGUGGACUGGGUUAAGGAACACGGUCCUCGCCUUACACAGACAUCCACCGGCCAAACUUACGUGGACACCAAGAUGAGUCGUCUGUUGGGUAUUCCCCCUGUCAUGGUCGCUGGUAUGACCCCCACUACCGUUGCCUGGGACUUCGUGGCUGCUACUAUGAAUGCUGGUUACCACAUCGAAUUGGCCGGUGGUGGCUACUACAAUGCGAAGACCAUGACGGAAGCCAUUACGAAGAUCGAGAAGGCUAUCCCUCCUGGUCGUGGCAUCACCAUCAACUUGAUCUAUGUCAACCCCCGUGCGAUGGCUUGGCAGAUUCCGUUGAUUGGUCGUUUGCGCAGCGAGGGCGUUCCUAUCGAAGGUCUGACCAUUGGCGCUGGUGUACCAUCUAUUGAAGUUGCCAAUGAGUACAUCGAGACUCUUGGUAUCAAGCACAUCGCCUUCAAGCCUGGCUCCGUCGAUGCGAUCCAGCAGGUCAUCAACAUUGCCAAGGCCAACCCCAAGUUCCCCAUCAUCCUUCAGUGGACUGGUGGUCGUGGUGGUGGUCACCACUCCUUCGAGGACUUCCACCAGCCUGUACUCCAGAUGUACAGCCGUAUCCGCAAGCAGGGUAAUAUUGUCCUUGUUGCUGGCAGUGGCUUUGGUGGCUCGGAGGACACUUACCCUUACCUUUCCGGUUCAUGGUCCGCCAAGUACGGCUACCCUCCUAUGCCUUUCGACGGCUGUCUGUUCGGAUCUCGCAUGAUGAUCGCCAAGGAGGCCCACACCUCUCACAACGCCAAGAAGGCCAUCGCCGAUGCCCCCGGUGUGGACGAUGAGGAAUGGGAGAAGACUUACCAGAAGCCAACCGGCGGUAUCAUCACCGUUCUUUCUGAGAUGGGCGAGCCUAUCCACAAGUUGGCCACUCGCGGUGUCUUGCUCUGGCAGGAGAUGGAUCAGAAGAUCUUCAAGCUCGACAAGGCCAAGCGUGUCCCCGAACUGAAGAAGCAACGCGACUACAUCAUUAAGAAGCUGAAUGAUGACUUCCACAAGGUUUGGUUCGGUCGCAACACCGCAGGCGAGACUGUCGAUCUGGAGGAUAUGACUUAUGCUGAGGUUGUUCACCGCAUGGUGGAGCUCAUGUACAUCAAGCACGAGUCCCGAUGGAUUGAUCCUUCCCUCAAGCGCUUGACAGGUGACUUCCUCCGUCGUGUUGAGGAGCGUUUCACCACUGUCGAGGGUCAGGCAUCGCUGCUUCAAUGCUAUUUGGACCUUAAUACCCCCUAUCCCACCGUUGCCAACAUUCUGGCUGCCUAUCCUGCAGCUGCUGAUCAGCUCAUCAACGCACAGGAUGUGCAACACUUCCUGCUCCUCUGCCAGAGACGCGGCCAAAAGCCCGUGCCUUUCGUCCCCGUUUUGGAUGAGAACUUCGAGUUCUUCUUCAAGAAGGAUUCUCUGUGGCAGAGUGAGGAUCUUGAGGCUGUCGUUGACCAAGAUGUCGGCCGAACCUGUAUUCUUCAGGGCCCCAUGGCUGCUCGUUUCUCCAACGUCAUUGAUGAGCCUGUUCAGGACAUCCUUGAUGGUGUCCACAAGGGACACAUCGCCGGCCUCCUUCGUGAUGUCUAUGGCGGUGACAGCACCAAGAUUCCUGUCAUUGAGUACUUUGGCGGACAGCUUAUGAACGUGGAUGAAUCGGAGGCUGAUGGGUUGACUAUUUCUGAAGAGCCAACCAAGACCAGCUUCCGCUUGUCUGCUACCGCAGCCUUGCCAGAGUUGGACCGCUGGCUCGGUCUUCUUGCCGGCAAUGCCUACUCCUGGAGACAUGCUCUCUUCUUGGCUGAUGUCUUCGUUCAGGGCCAUCGCUUCCAGACCAACCCCAUGAAGCGGAUUGUGGCUCCGACCGCAGGCAUGUACGUCGAAGUAGCCUACCCCAACGACCCUACCAAGACUGUUAUUAGCGUGCGGGAGCCUCACCAGUGUGGCAAGUUGGUCAAGACUGUCGAGGCCAAGAUGAACGAGAACGGGCAGAUCAGUCUGACCUUGUUCGAGAGUCGCACUGCUGAGAAUGGUGUGGUUCCUCUGAACUUCCUGUUCACCUAUCACCCGGAGACUGGCUACGCUCCCAUUCGCGAGGUCAUGGGUGACCGCAACGAUCGCAUCAAGGAGUUCUACUACCGGGUUUGGUUCGGUAACAAGGACGUGCCCUUCGACACACCCACUACCGCCACUUUCAGCGGUGGUCAGAAGACGAUCACUUCCCAGGAUGUUGCCGACUUUGUUCACGCAGUCGGUAACACCGGAGAGGCUUUCGUCGACCGUCCUGGCAAGGAGGUCUUCGCCCCCAUGGACUUUGCCAUCGUGGCAGGCUGGAAGGCAAUCACCAAGCCCAUCUUCCCUCGUACCAUCGAUGGAGAUCUGCUGAAGCUUGUUCACUUGUCCAACGGUUUCAAGAUGGUUCCUGGCGCCCAGCCCCUCAAGGUUGGCGAUGUUCUGGACACAACCGCCCAGAUUAACUCCGUCAUCAACCAGGACUCCGGUAAGAUGGUCGAGGUUUGCGGCACUAUCAAGCGAGACAACAAAGCCAUCAUGCAUGUGACCAGUCAGUUCCUUUACCGGGGUACUUACACCGAUUAUGAAAACACCUUCCAGCGCAAGGAUGAGGUCCCCAUGCAGGUUCACCUCACCACCAGCCGGGAUGUCGCCAUUCUUCGCUCCAAGGAGUGGUUCCGCAUGGACGAAUCCGACAUUGAGCUUUUGGGCCAAACCCUGACAUUCCGCCUGCAGAGUUUGAUCCGCUUCAAGAACAGCGCUGUCUUCAGCAACGUCCAGACCGUUGGACAAGCUCUUCUCGAGCUCCCCACCAAGGAGGUCAUCCAAGUCGCAUCUGUUGAAUACGAUGCAGGUGACUCACACGGUAACCCCGUGAUUGACUACCUUCAGCGUAACGGAACUUCCAUUGAGCAGCCCGUCUACUUUGAGAACCCGAUCCCGCUCAGUGGUAAGACCGCACUGGAACUACGUGCCCCCGCCUCCAACGAGACCUACGCCCGCGUGUCUGGUGACUACAACCCCAUUCACGUGUCGCGCGUUUUCUCCAGCUACGCCAACCUGCCCGGAACUAUCACCCAUGGCAUGUACAGCAGUGCCGCUGUUCGCAGCCUCGUUGAGACUUGGGCAGCCGAGAACAACAUCGGCCGUGUUCGUGGAUUCCAAGUUUCGCUUGUCGGUAUGGUUCUGCCCAACGACAUGAUCACUGUCAAGCUGCAGCAUGUUGGUAUGAUUGCUGGUCGCAAGAUCAUCAAGGUCGAAGCCAGCAACAAGGAUACCGAAGAGAAGGUUCUGGAGGGUGAGGCUGAGGUCGAGCAGCCCGUUACUUCCUAUGUCUUCACCGGCCAGGGCUCUCAGGAGCAGGGCAUGGGUAUGGAGCUGUAUGGUUCUAGCCCCGUGGCCCAGGAGGUCUGGGACCGGGCUGAUCGCCACUUCAUGGAGAACUACGGUCUUUCCAUCAUUGACAUUGUCAAGAACAACCCCAAGGAGCUGACUGUCCACUUCGGUGGUCCUCGUGGUAAGGCUAUCCGCGAGAACUACAUGGCCAUGACUUUCGAGUCGGUGAACGCCGAUGGGUCUAUCAAGUCGGAGAAGAUCUUCAAGGAGGUUGAUGAGACCACCGCCUCGUACACCUACCGCUCUCCCACUGGUCUUCUCUCUGCCACCCAGUUCACCCAGCCAGCCUUGACUCUGAUGGAGAAGGCCAGCUUCGAGGACAUGCGCGCCAAGGGCUUGGUUCAGCGCGACAGCAGCUUCGCUGGACACUCGCUUGGUGAAUACUCGGCUUUGGCCGCUCUGGCUGAUGUCAUGCCCAUUGAGAGCUUGGUUUCCGUCGUGUUCUACCGUGGUCUUACCAUGCAGGUCGCUGUCGAGCGUGAUGCACAGGGUCGCUCCAACUACUCCAUGUGCGCUGUCAACCCCAGCCGUAUCUCCAAGACCUUCAACGAGCCUGCCCUCCAGUACGUUGUUGAGAACAUCUCCGAGACCACCGGCUGGCUGCUGGAGAUUGUCAACUACAACGUUGCCAACAUGCAAUACGUUGCCGCUGGUGACCUCCGUGCUCUUGACUGCCUCACCAACCUGCUGAACUUCUUGAAGGCUCAGAACAUUGACAUCCCUGCUCUUAUGCAGAGCAUGUCUCUCGAGGACGUCAAGGAGCACCUCGUCAGCAUCAUCCAGGAGUGUGUCAAGCAGACCGAGGCCAAGCCCCGUCCUAUCAACCUGGAGCGUGGCUUCGCCACCAUUCCCCUCAAGGGUAUCGAUGUGCCCUUCCACAGCACUUUCCUGCGCUCCGGUGUCAAGCCUUUCCGUUCCUUCUUGCUGAAGAAGAUCAACAAGACUACCAUUGACCCCAGCAAGCUGGUCGGCAAGUACAUUCCUAACGUCACUGCCCGUCCCUUCGAGAUCACCAAGGAGUACUUCGAGGAUGUCUACAGACUCACCAACUCGCCCCGCAUUGCCCACAUCUUGGCCAACUGGGAGAAGUACGAAGAGGGCGACGAGAACGUUGCCAAAUGA